CCUGCCAAGGGAGGAAUGGUCGGGCCCGGUUUCCUCCCAGCUCCGCGGCUGCUUCCGGGAUUCCAUCAUGGGGGACUGAGGAAGCGCAGCAGCCCCAGAGCUGGCCCGGUUGGACGGCCACCUUCCCCCGAGUCUCUGCGAAGCGGCACCCGCCUCCCCAGGGAGCGGCCGACGGCGGGCGCUGGGUACAUGUUCCGGGGGGCUGAGCCCAACCCGAGCAGACCUCCGGCCGCCAGGAAGAGCUGGCAGUUCAGCAAGACUAUGGAGGAACUAGUUCAUGAUCUGGUCUCGGCACUGGAGGAAAGUUCGGAGCAAGCAAGAGGAGGCUUUGCAGAUACGGGAGACCAUUCUCGCAGUGUCUCUUGCCUUCUAAAACGCCAGGCCCGAAAGCGAAGGGGGAGGAAAAGACGUUCAUUUAACACCCAUCACCCCUGGGAGACAGGCCACUGUUUAAGUGAAGGCUCUGAUUCCAGCUUUGAGGAACCAAACAAGGAUUAUAGAGAAAACCAUGCCAAUAACAAGAAAGACCAUAGCGACUCUGAUGACCAGUUGUUACUUGCAAAACGCAGGCCGACGUCAAAUUUAAAUAACCUCAGAGGCAAAAGGCCUCUAUGGCAUGAACCUGAUUUAUCAGUUGACAAUCUAGGAAAUAGGACUCUGCGUAGGAGGCGAAAGGUGAAACGAAUGGCAGUGGAUCUACCUUCAGAAGUAACAAACACGCUGACCUUACCACAGCAGGAUAACAUUAAGGAUCAGGAAAUGGACAAUGACAACAGAUCUUGCCAACAUCAAGAACUAACAAAGAGCAAAGUUAAAAAAAGGAAACUAGCAGCAAGCCGGCAAGGACCAGACAUUUUGGAUGAAGGAGUGGUCAUUGAGAAUGAUGAAAUCAACCAGACAAGCAAGGAUAAGAUGGAAUAUGAGGAGCAAAAGGGCUUAGAUGAAAACAUGAGUGACAGCGAAUCCAGCAGCCUGAGCAGUAGUGAUGCUGGUUUGUUUACCAAUGAUGAGGGAAGACAAGGUGACGAUGAGCAGAGUGACUGGUUCCAUGAAAGUGAACCUGGAGGUGCCUGUGGGAUCACUGGGAUCAUUCCCUGGUGGGAAAAAGAAGACUCUGCAGAACUGGAAAAAGAGUUGCCUGAUCCAGUCUUUGAAAGUAUCUUAACAGGCAGUUUUCCUCUGAUGUCCCACUCAGGCAAGAGAGAUUUCCAGACAAGGUUUAGUCACCUUCAUGGAAUGCCAGCAAGGAACAUCAAAAAGGCUGCUGGGAAUCUGACCACAAUGAAUACUGCUCCGGGCUCAUGCGUCAACAAGAAAGCUGCACAUUUGUCCCAGGAGUCUCAUCACCAUGACCAUUGGUUUAGCCCUGGGGCUAGGAAGGAACAUAGCCAGCUUCAACUCCUGCGGGACAACCGAUCAGAGAGAGGACACAAGAAAAACAGUUCAGUGAAAACAGCUAGCAGGCAGACAAGUGUGCAUUUGGGAUCCUUAUGUAUGGGUGAUAUCAAACGAAGGAGAAAAGCCGCACCACUGCCAGGACCCACCGGGUUUGUAGGUGAAAAUGCUCAACCGAUCUCAGAUAGCAACAUUGGCAGUAGGAUGCUCCAAAGUAUGGGCUGGACACCUGGCACAGGCCUUGGACCAGAAGGCAAAGGGAUAGCCGAACCAAUCCGAGCAAUCCAGAGGCCAAAAGGACUUGGACUUGGAUUCAGCUAACCGAAAGGCACUCGAGCUGCUGUUCAGACAAGACGAUGACCAACCUUUCAGCUUUGAAAUAACUAAAAACAUUCAGCUGUUCUCAGAAACAUCCUGUGAUUCUUACCGUCACUUUUGAAUACAGAAGCCUCAAUGUUUUCUAUUAAAAGCUGCAAGGGACCGGCCAUUAGGGCAGUCCUGAUGUUUGAACCCUAACUCUGUAAUGGUGCUAAUCUUUUUAAUUGUACUUUUUUAUUUUCUGUGGUCUUGACCAUUUAUAUUGUCAAAAUUCCCAGGAACUGAUUGGAUUCGUUCCCCCCACCCCUUUAAAGACUUGCCAACUGCACAGGUGCACCUGAGUUUUUCCUUUCUCAGCCAUUUCAUAGAACAGGCCACUUUUGCUAGUUUCAAUUAUAAUGGAAAGCUGCUGUGUUACUUAAUAAGAUGGUGCAGAUGCAGUAUAGUAUUAGACCUUGCUGCACCUUCCAUUCCAAAAAGGUAUUGGUAGAUUGUUCAUCAAGGCAGCAUAGAUGCAGAGCUGCUUCAACAGCACUCUAGUGGGGAAAGAAGGAGUGACAGAGUUCACCUUUCUAAAAGAUUGCAUCUCUGCCCCAGUGGCAGCCAAAUACAGCCUUCAUGGGCUCUGCCUCAUUUCAGGCCAGUUUAAUUUGACAUUUAAUUUGAUAUAUAAUAUUUGCAGAUGAGCCAACAUAAAGCACAUAUUGCUUCCCAGCAUGCAAUUUUGCAUGAGAAACGCAUGACAAACGGCAAGCUUUUUUAUUCCAGGAGUUGCCGCAUGUAACUCCACCCUCCUCUCUCUCACCCUAAUACACACACCCUUUGAGUACAAUUUUAAUCGGUUGUUGCAUCUUAGGUGGUGUUAUUUUAAAAGCAAAGUUUUUAAACCAAUUGUACUGCUGUCAUUUAUCCAAUCACUGUGAAUGUGUAUCCCGACCUGUUGUUAGCUAAGUGGAUUUAAAAUGGGACAUUAGAGUCUCUGAAUUAUAGUUAUAAUUUGGAAGAUAUUUCUUAAGUAGGGGGGAAAACGGUGGUGACAAAGGUGGGCCAGGCUUCUCAGGCACAUAUUCUUGAAAGGAUUUGAAACACUAUAACAGGAAGUGCUUAAAUUUUAUCAACAGCCAUAAUUUCACACUUAAUAUUUUGGCUUGCUUUUGUCCUGACACCAAUCUCAUUAAAGAGUCCUUCUAUCACUGGACUGGAGGUUUAUUUCAAUGAGUGUGUUGGCUUGGCUUAAUCGUACCUGUACCCUAAAGUAAUCACUUCAGAAUUCAUAUACUGCUGCCAGCAUAAGGCUGUAUUCAGAUGUCACACUUCCCACCACCUGCUAUCAUUUUCAUAAUAGCAUUCCCUACCAGACACAAUGGGUGAGAUCCACUUACACCAUUGGGCUUUCCUGCUGCUCCAUUCCCAUUGCCGCCCACUUUUCCCUCAAAAGAGCCACUCCUGAGUUUCAAAGGAUCUUCCAGAAUGGGGUGUGCAGGGGGGCGAAGGAGAAAAUCAGCAGGGAUAAUACCAGCUUUUGUGGCUGAAAAAAAUAGGUACUCUUAAAUAAUAAAAUCCAGUUUCUGAAUUCUGCUUUUUUUUCUUUUUUGCCAUGCUCAAAACAUAAGGAAUAGGGGAAGGGAAAUAAAAAGGAAUAGGGGAAGGGAAAUAAAAAAAAUUCCUUCAGUAGCACCUUAAAGACCAACUAAGUUUUUAUUUUGGUAUGAGCUUUCGUGUGCAUGCACACUUCUUCAGGGGAAGGGAAGAUUGAAUUCUCAAUGGCUUCAAGUAAGUAACAAACUGUAACCGGGAAACUGCCAUUGCCUGGGCCCUGUGGUAUCUGUAAUAUAUUAGUUGCCCCUGCAUUGCACCCGACCAUCAUAUGAAUGGGCAAUUAACUGGUUUCCAAUAGAAUAGAACAAAAAAUAUGGUGGUAAAAUAGGCCUGCAAAUAAGUGUCUCAGGAAUGCUUGGAUGCUAAGACUCCCCUCAUAAAAGUUGUCUUCUCCAAUAUCCCAACACGAGAAGUGUUCUUCGUGGGGGAAGGCUAUCUAGUAGCUGUGAAUAUUUUUUCCAAAAGAAACUAGCACUUGUCUACGUUUCCGAGCACAAUUCAAAGUGUUGGUGCUGACCUUUAAAGCCCUAAACGGCCUCGGUCCAGUAUACCUGAAGGAGCAUCUCCACCCCCAUCGUUCUGCCUGGACACUGAGGUCCAGUGCCGAGGGCCUUCUGGCGGUUCCCUCGCUGCGAGAAGCCAAGUUACAGGGAAUCAGGCAGAGGGCCUUCUCAGUAGUGGCACCCGCCCUGUGGAAUGCCCUCCCACCAGAUGUCAAA